AUGUUGACUAAAUUUACUGCUUUCCUAUGCUUAAUUGCCCACGCAAAAGCUCAUUUCACAACCGGCCACCUCUUUGUGAACGGAACAGAUACUGGCCUUUGGAAACAUGUUUUAGAAGUCGCUAUCGAGGGGAAUCCCCUCACCAACGGUGGAUUCCCUCCAACCAACCAUUUCUUGAAAACCACCCCACAAUUCGCCAAAGCUCUCGACACAAAGAACAUAACCUGUGGUCGAGCUGCAUUCAACUCCAUGGAGAAGACUGAGAUCGCAGAUGUCGAAGCAGGCGAAGAGAUCGGCUUUGGAGUAAUGACGUUCGAAGAAGUUGGCCACAGUCUGAGAGGAAUUGAUGGCAGAUUCUACCACCCUGGACCAGCGCAAAUCUGGCUCUCGCGGGCACCCGGUGACGAUUUGAAAGCGUAUCGCGGAGAUGGCGAUUGGUUCAAAGUCGCCUGGGCCGGACCUCUGAAUAACACCAAGUGGACACUUCAAGGCGGAUUCUCUUAUAACUUUACCCUCCCGCUUACUACACCUCCUGGGAAAUACCUAAUGCGCUUCGAAUACCUGAUGCCUUCUGUCGGACUCAAUCAGACUCAGUGGUAUAUCAAUUGCGCCUUGAUUAAUCUCAAAGGCCCAGGAGGCGGUACUCCUACAGGAUUCGCCCGAUUUCCAGGGGCUUACAAGCCAGACGAUCCCGGCCUUUGGAUACCUUGGAAUCAGGAAGAGGGUGCGCUGCCGGACGAGUUGAUGCGUCUGAUGGAUUAUACACCGCCGGGACCACCUGUUUGGAGGGGCUGA